CCCCCCGUGACCCCGGUUAGUAGCAUACAGCAGCAAGAUCAGAUAGAUAUAGCAUGUCUAGAGGUUCGUAGCAUAAGGUAUCUGGCAAUACUCACUGAGGAUAUCACCCGGAAUACAGUAUCUGACCUACGGCUCUUUUAGACUGAACGUUUCGAUUCUUCGAAAAAGAGAUUUCUCGGAAGUAUCUUUGGAUGUCGGCCUUUACGGGCCAUCUAUAAAGAAAGACAUCUCUAUUCGUGGAAGGGGAUUUCUAGUCUGAAAAUGGCUGAUAAGGACGUGAAUGACGUCAAUCCUAUCAUCGGAGACAUUGAGCUCGAGACGUACGACCCCGCUGAUGAGAAAGGGGGGAACGUUUUCCGUCAGCCCGACGAUGCGGACACGAGCACCAUAGGGGAAGAGAUCUUCCACCCAGAAAGUAGGAAGAAAAAGUCGCUGACGAAGUCCCUGCUAAAGGGAUUCAUCGUGGUUGCAGUCGUAGUCGUCAUCGUUGUCGCAAUCAUCUGCCUUGUCAUUUUCCUUGGUCCAGAAAUAGCAGGGCCCACAACAAAGGCGCCACCAAGAUCAACAACAACUCCAGCUCCAACCGUCAUUCCGGGAGUAGUAGUUGGCGAUGUGAACGUCAAAGUGUCUGCCACCCUGAAUGGAAUAGUAUUCAUUCCAGAGUUUAGUGACCCCUCGUCUACUGAAUAUAUGGAGUUUGCGAGCAAGACGGAAGCUGAGAUGAUGAACGGACUACAGAAUGACGAUAUGAUCGGAGGCUUCGUAAACAAUGUAACCGUGACAAGUUUAAAUCCUGGGAGUAUUGUCGUGGGUGCAGAAAUCGUAGUUUCUGGUGACGUCGCGACGGCCUUGCCUGGAACUGCAGACUCCUCAUCAGCAUUUGAUGUUCAGCUUGAAGUAGCGAAUCAGGUGUCUGAUGCCACCAACGACGCUGUUAUGCAAUCGUUGUCCAACAAUGACAACCUUGGAUCUACAGAUGUCCAAGUUGAAAUUUCAGAGGUAUCUGUUCCAGUAACAGCCGGUGGCACGAAUCUACCAGAUACCGUCACGCCUGGAGAAGCUUGCAACGAAGGAUUUUUCCGCUGCAACGACGGCACAUGCAUUACUCAAUCGUUAAGAUGUGAUAAUGAGGAGCAAUGUUCGACUGGAGAGGAUGAGCAACUGUGCGAAUCACCAACAGAAGAGACCACAACAGCGACACCUACGACAACAGAAUCACCAACAGAGGAGACCACAACAGCGACACCCACGACAACAGUUACCAUGGCACCAACAGUAAUUCCUGGAGUGGUCAUCGACAUUGGAGCAUAA